AUGACAAAUAAGCCUCAGAAGAAGAGUUGGGAUGAGGAAAUGGAGGAUUUAUGUCGUCAUCAUGAAACAAAAACUGAAGCCCGACUGUAUAAAAUUUGGGAUAUUCAUGAGAAAUACUUAUUUUUGGUGAAAAACGUGUUAGUGGCAGACUUGAAAACUUCUAAUUCACCAGAGCAGUUAAUUGAGGUGCUCCCUAAUUACCGUCUAGAUGCAAAACGAAUACCUAUAUUUAUGGGUCUUGGACAUCAGAAGUACUCCUUGUCUUGUGUGAAGGCUGGGGAUGGUCAACAUCAGAUAGAGUUAAAAGAGAAAGGCAUUAUGGAACUUCAGCAUCAUCCAGAAAACAAAGCUUUCACUUUUUAUAGUAAGAGUGAGGGCAACGCUGAUACCUGCUCUUUUGAAUCUGCAGAAUUCCCAGGUUGGUUCCUCAGCACUUCUUCUGAGCCAAACAAGCCUGUCGGUUUGAGUCAAAAAGGAGGACCUCAGAACAUCCUGUUUCAUUUUGAAAGAAAAUCAUGA